UUGGAGAGAAACCGAGUGAAGCAGGGCCGAGUACCGAGUCGUUCCGCGUGGUCCUUCACAGUAGAGAAUUUCGUAUUGCAGACCUGGGAGCCGAGGACACGGCCCGGUGUCGCAGGGACGCAAAAACUCCCGAAGCCGCAGUCGCCGCGGGGCGGCCUGGGAAAGUCAGCAGUCAGCAGCGCGGUGGCGGGAACCGCAGCCCGGCGGCCCUGGAACUUCCCAGGUCAGAGGAGCUGAGGGGCUGGGAUGCAGGAGUGCCAGUAUUUUCCCUGCUGUUCAUAAGGAAGCCGGCUCUGAAGUACUGCCGUGGAUGUCCUUCCCUUGGGUUAACUGAUCACCCAGACCUGCUUAUCUGUACAGCAGAACAAAGGGACUGGAAGGAGAGAGGAGACAGCAGCUAAGGAUGCAGGGUUUACUGACGUUCAGGGAUGUAGCUGUGGACUUCCCCCAAGAGGAGUGGGAAUGUCUGAACUCUGCUCAGAGGGCUUUGUGCAUUGAUGUGAUGUUGGAGAAUUACAACAACCUGGUUUUUGUGGAGAACCAUUGCAAAUGUGAUCCUGUCCAUCGACAUGUGAAAUCUGAAAAGGAGUCUCGUCAGUGUGAUGAGCAUGGCAAAGUAAUUCAUGACCUCUCCACAUGUGCACUUUACAGAACAAGUGAAACUACAGAAAACUCUAAUAACUACAGAUGCAGUAAUCACAGAGAUGCCUCUGUUGGCUUAUCAAACCCAGAUAGAUAUGAAGGCGUGCACGCUGGAGAAGAACCUUGCAAAUCUAAAGACUGUGAGAAAUCUGUAAAUUUGUGUUCCAACAUUACUCAAGAUCAGAAACUCUACACUGCAAAGAAAGAGCACAAGCAGAGAAAAUAUGACUUCUUUGACUCUACGUACAGUCUUUUGCAACAACCAGUCAUUGCAGAGACACCACAUCAGUGUGGGAAAUGCAGGAAAUCCUUCAGGACUGCCUCAUAUCUCACUGUACAUGAGAGAAUUCAUACUGGAAAUAAACCCUACAAGUGCAACAUUUGUGAAAAAUCAUUUACUCAGCUUUCAAGUCUUAAAAUACAUCAAGGACUUCAUACUGGGGAGAAGCCUUACAAAUGCAAAGAAUUUGGAAAGUCACUUCUUCAGUUGUCAGGAAUCAAUAGCCAUCAGAAAUGCCACAGUGAAAAGAAACCUUGCAAAUACAAGGAAUGUGGCGAAUCUUUUGUCCAGUAUUCUGUUUUCAGGAGAAAUAAAAAAAUGCAGACUGCUGGGAGACAUUAUAUUUGUCAAGAAUGUGGCAAAGUCUCUCAUCAACUUUCACACUUUAAAGAUCAUUGCAGAGUUCAUACUGGAGAGAAACCUUUCAAAUGCAACAAGUGCCGCAGAUCCUUUCCCUGCUAUUCAUCACUGAGUAGGCAUAGUAAAACUCAUUCUCUAGAGAAGUUUCACAAAUGUAAAGAAUGUGGUAAGUCUUUUCGUGACUUAUCAGUAUUUAAAAUUCAUUACAGAACCCAUACUGGUGCAAAGCCUUAUGAAUGUAAGAUAUGUGAAAAAUCCUUUACUCACAGCUCAACCCUUAGAAGGCAUCAGAGUGUUCACACUGGGGAGAAACGUUACAAAUGCAAGGAAUGUAACAAGUCUUAUACUAGAUGCUCAUCUCUUAGAGCACAUCAGAAAAUUCAUACUGUAGAGACAUCUCACAAAUGCAAAUACUGUGACAUAUCCUUUGUUGAUCAUGCAAGUCUAAUAAAACAUCAGGGAGUUCAUACUGGAGAGAGACCUUAUAGUUGUAAGGAAUGUGACAAAUCUUUUACCAGUUGUACAGUUCUUAGAAAACAUCAGAAAGUUCAUACUGGAGAGAGACCUUACAGUUGUAAGGAAUGUGACAAAUCCUUUACCAAUUGCACAGAUCUUAGAAGACAUCAGAGAGUUCAUACUGGGGAAAAACCUUACAAAUGUAUGGAAUGUGAUAAGUACUUUACUCAGGACUCAAAUCUUAGAAGACAUCAGAGAGUUCAUACUGGAGAGAGACCUUACAGUUGUAAGGAAUGUGACAAAUCUUUUACCAGGGGUUCCUACCUCAGAGCACAUCAGAAAGUUCAUACUGGAGAGAAACAAUACAAAUACAAAGGCUGACACAGCCUUUAUCCAGGUUUCAAAUCUGAGGUAACAUUAGAAAAUUCAUACCAGAGGAAAACUUCCUGUUAUAAAUAAUGUGACAUGGCAUUUUCUGGUGUUCUCUGCUUGCAAAUCACAACAGUAUGCAAAAUAGGACCAUAAAGAUGAUAAACUUUUGAAAUUCUUCAAUGAAGGAUUACUUUUUAAAUAAUAUCCUAGAGUUUAUAUUAAUAUAAAAUUCUGCAAAUGUAACAUGGAAAGCUUUUUAUGUUUUUUAAUUUGUAUGGGCACUUUACCUGUAGUUAUGUCUGUGCACUAUAUGUCUGCCCGGCAUAGGCUAAGGAUAGAAGAGGUCAUCAGAGCCCCUUAAGCUGAAGUUCCAGAUCAUGGUGAACUACUGAGUCUAUGUUGGGAAUUGAACACUUGUCUUCUGC